AACUGCGUGAAAAAUCUGGGAAUCCCGUACAGGACUGCAUUCAAAAUGGCGGCUCAGGUGUUUUCUCACCUGGUUGCCCUCUUUAUAUUUGUCGCAGGUGCCCAGGCAUGGCGCUGUGCAAAGUAUGAACACUACUUCAGCCAACAGCCAGAUUACAUCGACUGCUUCUGGGACUGUUGUGGAAACUCGUUCAACCGACACUGUUGUGCUCCAAUGGGCAUCAUCGUGGGAUGUUGCAUCGUGGGAGCUGUAAUUGGGGCCGCCCUGGUGGUGGUCAUGGCCUGCUGGUGGCAUCGGCGCCGAGCGCGCUACACCAAAGGACCCAGGCUGUUCCACAACCGACGUCACUCCCACUACCCCGUGGCCCCGUCGUCUGUCACUAGACCAGCACCUUUCAUGGGACCAGACCAAGGCUUCAAACAACCUGGGUACAGGCCCCCACAGGGCGGAUAUGGACCUCCUCCAGGCCAAGGAUACGGACCGCCACCAGGCCAAGGGUACGGACCGCCACCAGACAGAGGGUACGGACCUCCCCCGCCAGAUUCCCGCAGCGAGAAGCCGCCAAUCGACGAGUACUACGACGAGAAGCCACCAAUGGGAAGAGGUUACGGCCCGCCUCCCAACAGAGGACCUCCCCCAAACAGAGGACCUCCCCCCAACAGAGGACCUCCCCCCAACAGAGGACCUCCCCCCAACAGAGGACCCCCUCCUCGCAGAGACGACAUGUCUUCCGCUGACGACUACUCAGACACGGAGUACAGGGGGAGGGGCCCCCCGCAGAGACAGGGACCCCGCCCUUCUGGCCCCCCUGGCCCUGUCCCUCCUCCGUCACGGCCUGUGAAACCUCCCCCUAAAGAGUUCCUUGACUUGUAGUUGUAGCUUCAGGCUUACUACUUGUUGUAAAACCGUAAGUUUCCUCUAACGUUGGUGGUCGUAAUAUAAUGAAAAAACGGUUGUGUUGCAAGUUACGUAAAACUCUCGCUAAAACUAAAUUAAGAUGAAAAGCAGUUGUUUGAUUUCAGUUUUGGGGAAAUUACUUUAUUUGACUUGAUCUUCACUAAUCCCCUUCAAUGCUAUUUUGACAUUUCGGGUACUUAAUGGAGGAAUUGCACAAUUUACCACAUCUUGUUGUACGAGAGAAUGCAAACUGCAUCAUAUUAUAAGAGUAUAUAAGUAUCAUUGUAAUAACCAAAGAAAAAAAAUGUGCUGUUAUCGGAGGGGAGGUAGCAUUUACUCGAGUUUUGAUUUAGUUUAUUUUCCAGCGUUGUUUGCUUUAUUGUCAUAUUUUUAAAAUAUUGUUCUGGAAAAAGUAAAAGUCUAUUUAAAAAGAGACAAACUAAAAUCGACAAUUUUAAGAAUGGAGGGGUUUGUUUGGUGUCUAAAGUAUAAAAAGUAAGUUUUGUGGAGUAGAAUCUUAUUUGUCUGUGACCUGUGAAAGGAAGAAAUAGAGUUGUCCAAUUUGGUGUAUAAUUAGUUGUGUCCUAAAAAAUUCUGCUUACUUGAUAGACAAAGACAGAAAAAAAUGUUUCUUGAUGUCAAAUGAGAUGUUGUGAACUGGGUUUGAGAAUGAGCAUUGUCUUUUUAAGUGACUUUUUAAAA